AGUGGAAAGAGAAGGGGAAAACGGGAAGGACAACCUUUGACAAAUCAAAACACAAAAAAGACGUCUCGUAAUCAUAGAAAUUUCUCAAUUUUCUUGCAAUAUUGUUCGUAGUUUCGCAAAGAAUCUAUCGCCUGAGUGAAAAUAAGAAUGCCCCAUAGUGUCAGUGAGUGCAGAGAUGGCAUUCGAUAGUGUUGGAAGCGAUGCAGUGCAGGAAAUUGUGAGCAACUCCACCAUCAAUCCACUUUCUCCAAUAACAAAGCAAAAUGACGAAUCUUUUUGCAAACUCGCACUUUAUGUGGAGUUUUCCUCGUCCGGCGUUAGAAUCUGGGACGUUGUGAUCUUUAUUCCGAAUCUCCUGUUUCUAAUCUUCCUGGGACUCCGAUUCAAUCGGGCCAGGCUCAAAUUGCGUGCCACCAGUUCACCCAUCUUCCUCACAUUCUACGGGAUUGUGUGGGCUUGUGUGCUGAUGAGUGUCCUGAGAUGUCUGGUCUCGAUGCUCGUCAAUGCAGCUACAUCUUUUGGUGGCAUGACCGACAAGAUCAUGUGGAUUGCCGUGAGGUUUUCCCUGCUGUCAGCUGAAAUGAGUGUUGUCAUCUUUGGUCUGGCUUUUGGCCAUCUGGAUAGUCGAAAUUCUAUAAGGGCCGUUCUUGUGACAACUUGCGUCAUCUCGCUGGCUUUCUCUCUUGCCCAAGGCGCCCUGGAUAUCGUCCUGCCUGACGAUGCCUUCCACAUUCCGUCAAAAGACCUCGAUCUCUUUGGACACGGAGGAAUGCUCUUCCUCUUUGUCACUUCUCUAAUUUUCGCUGCGAUUUAUUUGGUAAUCUUUCUUCUGCCCUGCACUCGAGCCAGAGACUUUCUGGCUCUGCCAGCCAAAAGAUCUUUCUACAUCUACGUGGCGACUCUGUGUCUCCUGGACAGUCUGCAGGCUGUUGGGGCGGGUCUCCUCAAUUGGGAUGUACCGCAGGGACUGUGUCUGUUGGACGCAACGAGUGGACUCUAUUUUACAUUCUAUACGCCACUCGUGUAUGUGACAUUCCUGCGGGAGUUCUUUAGCAUCUCUCAGCCCACCAUCCUCUUCUCCUACAAGACUCAGGUUGAUGAUAAUCUCGAUGACGAGCACUAUUCGCUGCCACAGCAGCAAAGUCUCACGAGCUUGAAGACAGAGUCAGAUUUCAUCUGUCCCAACCAUUGUCUCUUCGAGAACACCCAAUUCGCGGCCAAUGGAAAUUCCAUAAAUCAGCUGUGCGGUAUCCAGAGUCCGGACAGCAUCACUGGCUACAGCAUAGAGUCCUCUUCCUCCAUCGAAUUCAGCGGUCGCGGCGAUUUUGGGGGUCUCGUGGCGAGGAACAACUAAGAGUAUCGUUCAAUUUUUGUAGCACCCAAAAUGAAUCUAGUCAAUAGCUUGUGAGGAAAUUAUAUUGUUGUGAAAAUUCAUAUGAUACUGAGAACAAAGUAAUUUAAUGAGAAUGGAUUAAUCACCGUUUUAAAUAAAUAACGAAAUAUUAAAAAUUAAAA